CCCACCGAUCUACUUUGAAACAAGAAAGUUGGAGAAGCCGAUCAGAGACCCACGAACGCACGACUUUUCUUCCCUUCUGCCCAAUGGAGAACGUCUUACAGAAGUAAGUAAAACAGAGCUGCGUCGGAAUGGUGGAGCGCGCAUGCGUCUCCCUGCCGUCGCCCCGCCCUUGCCUUGAGGACAACAGGCAGUCCCCUGACCCCGCCCCUCCCCGCCCACAAUGUCCUCGCCACGCCCACUCACAUUCUUUACCUGCUGCUCUUGGGCACCGUAAACUAUAGUUUUGAGUUCGAGGUUCUACGCCUGUUUUAAGUUUGCUGCUUGCAGCCGCAUAGGGUGGAAAUAAUGGAAAUUAUUUCUCGCCUCAACUCUUUCCAGGUCCGCCCGCUCUUGGACAUACUUCGCAGUCCCCAAGUUCCAGGAUCUGCAGUGCCCUCCAAGUCGUCCAUGGCGGUGCCAAACAAGCUGAAGAAUGCUCGAGAACCGCGCAAAUCAGAGAAGGUGGACUCUGGGAUGAUGCAGGCCCAAAUCAGGUUAAUGAAGAUGCUGGUCAAGAACAGAAAGACCUUGCUCCAGGAGCUCCGCAACCACGAGACCUUCCUCACCAAGCUCAAUCUGGAUCUGAUCAGCACCAUCCAGGACAUGGAGGAUAGCACUGCCCUGAACGUGCGGGCAAUGCUGCAGCAGCAGGACAUCCUUACCACUAUCGUCGAUAUCUUGGAGACUUCAAACAAUAAGAGGCUGCAGCAGUUGAAGUCUGAGCUUCAGGAGUUGGAGGAAAAAGAGGAAUCCAAGAUGAAGGGUCUAGAGCAGCAAGUGAAGCAGCUGGAUGCCAAAAUCAAGAAGACCCACGAGGAGGUGAGCUUCCUGAGCACUUACAUGGACCAUGAGUAUCCUGUCAAAUCAGUCCAGAUCACCAACCUUGUGCGCCAGCUGCAGCAGGUCAAGGACAGCCAUCAGGAAGAGCUGGACGACCUUAGUGAGCUGCGCAAAAGGGUCCUGAAGUCUUUGUCUGACAAGAUGCAGAAUAAGAAAAUAAAUAUUCUGAAGUCUCUGGUGGUGAAAACCCAGUCUCCCUACCAGGAGGCUCUUCUACAGAAGACCCAGGAUAGCCAGGCCAUAUUGAAGUGCAUGGACAGGUUCAAAAAGUUUAUUAACCAGUUUGAAGAAGAAAUACCCAUCCUAAGGGCUGAGGUGGAAGAGCUCCAAAACAAGACCCUGGAACCCCGAGAGAUCAUAUUUGAGGAUGUUUUACUUCGAAGACCCAAGUGCACCCCAGACAUGGACGUCAUCCUCAACAUCCCUGUGGAAGAGGUGCUGCCCUUCUAGAUGGUGAUGCCAUGGCCACCCCUGCAUUCCCUGCCCUCUGCUCAGACCUGGAGCCUUUAAUCCUUUAUUUCCAGACUAUAUCUCAUUCAGACCUUGAUCUGCAGUUCCUCCCUCCCUCCCUGCCUCCCUCCCUCCCUUCCUUCUUCCCUCCUCCUCCCCUCCCCUCUCUUUGGUUCUGCUACUUGGGCCAGGUGGGGAUUCCCAGGUAAAUCUGUCAGCCCUUUUUACCAAUAAAGCUGGAUUACAUUUGCUUUUUUUUCAGUACCUGGCAGGUCCCCGCCUUGCAGAAGAUGUGGUAGGAAUGGACUUUGUCUUAAGAUGGGCUAGGCAACUAUGUGGACUGUAUCUGAUGGGCUCUUCUGUUUUUUUUUGUUUUUUUUUUUUGAGACAGAGCCUCAAGCUGUCGCCCUGGGUAGAGAGCUGUGGCAUCACCACUCACAACAACCUCCAAUUCCUGGGCUUAAGCAAGUCUCCUGCCUCUGCCUCCCAAGUAGCUGGGACGACGCCCGGCUUUUUUUUGGUUGCAGCCGUCAUUGUUGUUUGGUGGGCCUGGUUGGAUUCAAACCUGCCAGCUCAGGUGUAUGUGGCUGGCGCCUUAGCCACUUGAGCCACAGGUGCCAAGCCCCUCUGUUGUUUUUUUAAAGUAGCCAUCCUGGAUGUGAAGUGGUUUCUUUUUUUCAUGAGGGGAAAUUUUUGUUUUUUUUUUUGGAGAUAGAGACUCAAGCUGUCGCCCUGGAUAGAGUGCUGUGGUAUCAUAGCUCAUAGCAACCUUCAACUCUUGGGCUCAAGCCAUCCUCUUGCCUCAGUUUUUUUUAUUUUUAGUAGAGAUGGUGUCUUGCUUUUUGGCUCAGGCUGGUCUUGAACUCGUGAACUCAAGCAAUCCACCCACCUUGGCUUCCCACAGGCGUGAGCCACCACUCCUGGCCUAUUGUUUUGAAUUUUUAAUUUCAGAAUAUUAUGGGAGUACAAAUGUUUUGGUUACCUGGAUUGCUUUUGUAUUGUCUGAGUCAAAGUUACAAGUGUUCCCGUCACCCAGACGGUGUACAUUGUACCCAUCAGGGAUGAUUUCACUCAUCCCCUCUUGCCCUCCUCCCGCUUGCUUGAUUUCCAUUGAGUUUUACUUCUUUUUUUUUUUUUUUUGUGCUGAUCAGUUAAAAAAUAAGGAAAGCUUCACAUAUUUGCCCGUCAUCUUUGUGCAGGACUCAGGCUAAUUUCUCUGUAUUGUUCCAGUUUUAUGAAUAGUGUAUGUGCUGUCGAAGUUAACACACACGUGGCAGAGCUCUCCUGAAUGGGA